GAACCUGAAAAAGGAGAGCUUGUCUUUGUUCUUCUUGGCUACGUAUGGAGAUGGCGAGCCUACUGAUAAUGCUGCCCGGUUCUACAAAUGGUUUACAGAGGGGAAAGAGAGAGGAACCUGGUUGGAAAAUCUUCAAUUUGGUGUGUUUAGUUUGGGCAAUCAGCAAUAUGAACAUUUUAAUAAGGUUGCUGUGGUGGUCGAUGAACUGCUUCAUGAGCAAGGCGCCAAGCACAUUGUCCAAGUGGGGUUGGGAGAUGAUGAUCAGGGUAUUGAGGAUGACUUCUCUGCAUGGAGGGAGCUUCUUUGGCCGGAGUUGGAUAAGUUACUUCAGGAUGAAAAUGAGACAGGUGCAUCUACUCCUUAUACAGCUGCCAUUCCUGAAUACCGGGUUGUAUUUGUCAAGCUUGAAGAAGUUCCAUAUCUGGAAAAAAUUUUGAGUUUUGCAAAUGGCCAUGCUAUUCAUGACAUACAACAUCCA